UCCGAACGUGCAAGCAGAAGUGACUCAGAGGGAAAGAUGGCGGCUGCCUACUUGACUCACCAUCAGAAGGUCCUGCGACUUUACAAGAAAUCACUUAGACACAUCGAGUCAUGGUGUAUUUUCAGGGAUAAAUACCGCUUCUAUGCAUGUUUGCUGCGAGCACGCUUUGAUGAGAACAAGCAUGAGAAGGACAUGAUGAAGGCCACCAUGAUGCUGAAGGCAGGUGAGGAGGAAUUCUGGGACAAUCAGCACCCGCAACCCUACGUGUUCCCAGACUCACCUGGAGGAACAUCCUAUGAAAGAUAUGAGUGCUACAAAAUUCCUGAAUGGUGUCUGGAUCACUGGCAUCCCUCAGAGAAAGCCAUGUACCCUGAUUACUUUGCUAAGAGGGAGCAGUGGAAAAAGCUGCGGGUUCAGAGCUGGGAAAAAGAGGUCCAGCAGCUGCAAGCCGAAACCCCUGCUGAUGGCCCUAAAUCUGAGGUCCUGCCUCCCCGCAAAGAAGGAGACCUCCCACCCCUAUGGUGGCAGUUUGUCACUCGUCCCAGAGAGCGUCCCAUGUAAGGAUGUGUUCUGAAGAUAAUUUAGAACAGGUGUUUGAAACAGCCCUGAGAUUGUCAAACACAUUUUGUCUUUAAUCCUAAUUAAAGUAUUAUGCAAAUAA